AUGAGUUUGAAGCCUUUUGAUAGUGGACACGAGGACCUCGUACACGACGUCGUGUACGACUUCUACGGCAGAUUCGUCGCAACAUGUUCCUCUGACCAGCACGUCAAAGUGUUCAAGUGUGACAAAGACACGAACGAGUGGGAACUGAGCGAUUCUUGGAAAGCACACGACUCUUCCAUUGUAUCACUGGACUGGGCAUCCCCGGAGUACGGACGGAUUAUAGUAACGGCGUCCUAUGAUAAAACGGUGAAGGUUUGGGAGGAGAAUCCAGACCAAGACGAAUUGUCUGGUCGCCGCUGGAGUAAGCUGGCCACACUAAACGACUCACAAGGUGCCCUGUACAGCGUUAAAUUUGCCCCCGCGCAUCUGGGGCUCAAAUUCGCUUGUAUUGGCAACGACGGGUUGCUCAGGAUAUACGAUGCCCUGGAACCAUCUGAUUUGAGAUCGUGGACCCUCACCUCAGAGAUCAAAGUGUUACCAGCUCCUCCAGCGAACCACCUACAAUCAGACUUCUGUCUUGCAUGGUGUCCAUCUAGAUUUUCAGCUGAGAAGCUGGCCGUGUGUGCACUGGACCAAGCCUUGAUAUACCAGAGAGGGAAGGAUAACAAACUACACAUUGCGGCAAGAUUGAAGGGCCACAGGGGACUCAUCAGAAGUAUAAGUUGGGCUCCAUCAAUUGGGAGGUGGUACCAGCUUGUUGCAACAGGAUCGAAGGACGGGAAAGUGCGAAUCUUCAAGAUUACAGAAAAGUUGCCCUCGGAUACUAGUGGGAUACAGCAGAUUGAGCCAUCAACGAAUACCGAGCAAAGUUUGUCGCCAGAUUUUGCAGACUCAAGUCCUGAUAAUAGCUCCGACGUGCCUGCUUUUGUUCCUUCCAAACAACUGUCGUCCGUCCUGAACAUCGAGUUAUUGAGCGAACACGACGACCACAAGAGCGAAGUUUGGUCUGUAUCAUGGAACCUAACGGGCACUAUUUUGUCGAGUGCCGGUGACGACGGGAAGGUCCGUCUUUGGAAAUCUACGUACUCCAACGAGUUUAAAUGUAUGUCUGUUAUAACCGCACAGCAAUAA